AUUAUAAUUCUUUCCACUUUUUGCAGAAUCUUUCCAUCUUCAUUUCUCAUCACAAACUACUGAAGUUAUUGGUCCCUGAUUAUAUAUUUAUUUAUUUCUCUUCAAGAUCAAAAGAAAGCAACAUGGGAAGGGAGAAGACAACAGAUUUGGAGUUUGAAGCAAGGAAAGACAAGAAAAGGUUGAAGGAGAAAAGGAAGAAGGAUGAAGCUGAUACAAAUUCCUCUUUGAUAGAAGUCUCUAAGGACAAAAUGGGCGAGUUAGUUCAGGUGCAGAAAUUUGACAGGAAUGGUGGAGAAGGGGUCAAAAAGAAGAAGAAAAGAAAGAGGGAAAUGAAGGUGGCUGAUAGUGAAUUAAAGUCAAACCUGACUACUGAACAGGUGCUCAUAAAAGAUUGUGACAAAUCCAAUGGGAAAGUCAUGGAAGAAGUUGACUUUGCUGAUAAGGGAAAGAAGAGAAAGAAACUCAUUGAGGAUGACAAAAUGGAUGAGUCAGCUAAGAGGUUUAACUGCUCUAAAGACAGAGACGUUGCCGAAUUGAACAAAGUAGAAGUGGAUAAAAAGAAAAAAAAGAAUAAAGAGAGGAGAGAAAAGGUGGGUGGUCAAUUGGUACAGAACAUCACAACUGAUGGAAAGGAGACUGAAGUAGAAAGUGAGCAUUCAGAUGGGAAAAUCAUGGAGAAUGGUGGAAUCAUGAAGAAAGAUAAAAGAAAGCAUACAAAGAAUUCAAGAAGUGAAAUGCAGGAAACUGUGGUUGAGAAACUGGGCACAGAAAGCAGUAGAGUUCAAGAAAAUAGUUUCUUAGAGAAUGACGGUAAUGAUGCAACUGGAGAUGAGACAAGCAACAGAAACAUAGAUGAUGUGAAUGUUGAAGAUGGUAAUAAAGGGAAGAAGAGGGCCAAGUCAGAGAAACAUAUGAAAAAAGCUAAGUCAGAUAAAGGAAGCCUAAGAACCCAAAAAAGUGUUAGGGGUCCUGAUCUUUCUGAAAAUUCUACACCUAAGAAAGCCACAAAAAGAGUAAGUUUUGCUGAUGAUGUGGAGGUCUUUUCACCAUCUGAUGGCCCAAAAGAUGAGGAAAAGGGCUUAGUACAAGGUAAGCGGUUUUCAAAAGAAGAAGACAAGCUUGUAAAAGAGGCUAUUUUAACAUACAUAGAGGAACAUGGCUUAGGUGAGGAAGGCAUCGACAAGAUACUCAAUUGUGGAUCCAACCCUGAAAUAAGAAAUUGUUGGAAGGAUAUUGGGGGAUUCUUACCCUGGAGGCCUUAUAAGAGCAUAUAUUAUCGAGCCCAUAUUUUAUUUGAACGAGCUGAGGAACGUAAUUGGACCCCCGAAGAGUAUGAAAUAGUAAGACGUGCCGCUAUGGAAGCUAAGGCUAAAGGUGAACCCAAACCCAAUUGGAGAAAGGUGGGUAAUGAACUUGGCAAACACAGAAUUCAUGUCAAGGAUGCAUGGCGUAGAAUAAAACUGCCAAACAUGAAGAAAGGACAGUGGUCACAAGAGGAGUACCAGACUUUAUUUGAUUUAGUGAACAAGGAUCUGCAGAUGAGGGUGUUGGAAGAAAAAAAAUCCAAGCAUGGCAUGCUGCGAGAUAAUAUUAAGUGGGAGUCAAUUAGUGAGACUUUGGGCAGCAGAACCAAUCCCGUUUGCUGCCAGAAGUGGUAUUACCAAUUAACAUCACCUUUAGUAACUGAAGGUCUGUGGUCUGAUACUGAUGAUUAUCGCCUACUUUAUGCUCUCGAUAGCUUGGAUGCUUGUUGCAUGGAAGACGUUAAUUGGGAUGAUUUGCUUGAGCAUAGGUCUGGAGAUGUAUGUCGAAAGCGAUGGAAUCAAAUGGUCAAGCACAUUGGUCGGAAUGGGACUAAGUCCUUUGCUGAACAAGUUGAAAUUUUGUCGAAGCGUUAUUGUGCCGAUGCACUUGAAGCAAGAGAAGUCUUUGAUAGUAAGCCUGUAGUUGACUGAAAUUUAUUUGGUAUCAAAGUGGCUGCCUUUUCUUGUUUCGUUGGUUGUGUCAAAGACGAAGGUUGUGUUGAAGAGGAGAUCAUUUGACAUUGUCCGGUUAUCAAAAAUUAGUCAUAUGCUGAUAGCCUCGAAAGGUUCCAACUGAAUUUACAUGUGAUUGCAAUAUGCUUUUUCAGAGUUGCAUUCAGCUCAUGAAAUUUGAUCUAUGUUUAGUUUUAGUAUCCGCAUUCCUCAGCAGUAAUCAAAAUGUUUGAAUUUGCAUGUUGUUGCCCUACUAGAUCCAUAAAUUAUCCGUGAGAGA